AGGGCCUGGGGGAGGGGCGUGGCGCGCGCAGCAGAGCCCCUCGUUCUAACGACCCAGUGGCCCGGCGGAGAGGGGAAGGCAGAGGAAGUAGGAGUCCCGGCCUCCGUCACUGGCCUCCCUUUGAGCCCCACACGGUCCAGCCCCAUGGUCCCCGCCGCCGGCGCGCUGCUCUGGGCCCUGCUGCUGAGUCUGGGGCCCCCAGCGGCGGCGGGGGCCCAAGACCUGACUUCAGCUGGGACGCAGCCGGUCAGUUUCCGCUCGGGAGGCACGAUGACCCGCAAAUACCGGACCAUCCCCCGCACCGGCGUUCCCCCGAAGAGGAAGGUAAUAAUGGAGGAUGAUGAGGAUGACGUCGUGGCCAAUGCUGACCGCUUGGCCGGCCCCGCUGCUGCCGAGCUCUUGGCCAGUACGGUGUCCACGGACAUCAGCAGGUUGCGUUCGUGGGAGCGAGGUGGGGAUGGGUCUUUGGAGGAAGGGGUUAUGAUUAAUGCCCAAAAGAAUAACAGUGACUUAGAGGUCGCCAGUACGAUAUCCAGCACUACAACGAAGUUAACCUCGAGGUUUGCAGCGAAUAUCCAGGAUCCGGAAUACAGGCUGACCACAAGCCUGCAGCCCUCCACCUGGAGAUCUGAGAACCCCGAGCACCCACCCCUCUCGGACACCAGCCUGACCCGGUGGUCCACAGCAGGGUCCACCCUCAGACCCCGGAUCUCAACCACAGUCAUGCCUCCUCCCGAAGACCUGAGGCUGGUGCUGAUGCCCUGGGGCCCCUGGCACUGCCACUGCAAGUCGGGCACCAUGAGCCGGACCCGCGCCGGGAGGCUGCAGGGCCUUUCAGGGCGCCUUCGAGUAGGGGCACUGAGCCAGCUCCGUACAGAGCACCGUCCUUGCACCUACCAGCAAUGUCGCUGUGAUCAGCGUCUUGAGGAGUGCCCGCUGGACUCGAGCCCCUGUUCUGACGCCAGCUGCAGCAGUGGGACGACCACCACCACCACCACCACCACCACCACCACCAUAGAGCCCCUCAGCUCCCGACUGAGACCCAGCCCCCUGCACUUAGUCAGCCCCAGCCCGGCUCUCCUGUUUUGGAGGCAGGUCAGGACCGGGCUGGAGGAUAUUUGGAACAGCCUCUCUUCAGUGUUCACAAAGAUGCAACCAAUAGACAGAAACCGGAGGUAAUGGCCACUUGAUCUGCGAGAAGAGGUGUCAGCAUCUCAACCCCUCCACCCCUUUCCAUCCCAGCCCCAACUGGGUAUUAGUACAGAAAAAACAUUGUUUGGUCUUGUGUCUUUUUCCAGAGUUAUCUGAGGGAUAGACCAAAAAUCUCGUAAAAUGAAAAACUGGGUAGCUAGCAUCAUCUUC